AAAUACGAUAGAACUAAACAUCCGUUCCGCUGCAGUUCGCCGACAACUGAAACGAGGUACUAAAUAGCCUGAAAAAAACGUGAAAUCAACAUUUAAUAAACCAAUUUAGGAGUCACGCAGUAAGAUGGAGGGUGAGCAGCCGGAGGGAGACAGCGUUCAGAGCCAGACCCCCACGUCUCGUUCCAAGAAGCCAGAGAAGAACCGCCAGGGUGCCUCGGGUCAGAGUGGCCCCAAAGACAAGCCCCAAGCCCAGGGAGAAGCCAAACCCAAGCCCAGGCCCCGGUACACGGACAAGGCCCGUAAGAACGCCAAGAACAAGAAGGACAAGGCUGGGAAAGGAGGAGAAGAGGGCAAGAUCCCUGAAAGUGAAAGCCAAUCAGAGGAGAGGUUACCAGAAGGGGAGGGGCCUCAGGGUGACGGUCAGCCUCCCACAACCAAUGAUGGAGCAGAUGUAGAGGCGGGCUCCAAUCUGGAGGUGGGUAACCAAGGUAACGGUGCCCUGGCGGAGGGAGAGGAAGAGGAGGAGGAGGAAGAGGAGGAGGACAGUUGGGACACCCUGUUUAACGAUGAAGGAGAGUGUUUGGAACCACAUGUGGUUGAAGAGCUGUCCGGGCGCGCUGGCAGGAAGAAGGCGUCCACCCAGGAGGCCAGGGGUGACCGAGGCGGAGAGGGCGACCAGGACGGAGACGUGGACCUGAGUGAGGACGAGCUGGCUCACAUCGUGGAGAUCUACGACUUCCCCGAUGGCUUCAAGACCGAGGAUCUGCUCAAGUCCUUCCAGGCCUACCAACAGAGAGGGUUUGAUAUCCAGUGGAUCGAUGACUCUCAUGCCCUGGCCUUGUUCUCCCACCCUGUAACAGCUCGUGAGGCCCUCAGGACUACACACCCUCUUUUGAAGGUCAGGUCUCUCGCCAAGGCAUCUGUUACCACCAGAGCCAAGGCCCGCAGCUGCUCAGACUACCUGCUCCCCAGUAAGGAACGCCCCCCGACUAGCGCCGCCCUGGCACGCCGCCUGGUGAUUGGUGCUCUGGGCGUCAAGAGCAACCAGACCCAGGAGGGUCGCGAGGCGGAGAAGAAGAAGCUGCAGGAGGCCAGGGAACAGAAGCGUCUGGCAGCCAAACAGAGGGAUGACGCCUGGGAGGGCAACUGAAGAUCUCAUCCUCCUCCCCUCACCCCUCCUCCUCUCACCCCUCCUCCUCUCACCCCUCCUCCUGCACCAGGGGCUAGAGCCUCCCUCUUACCCUCACCCCUUCAGAGGGUCCCCCUCCACCCCCUCACCCCUUCAGAGGGUCACCCUCCACCCCCUCACCCCUUCAGAGGGUCACCCUCAACCCCUCACCCCUUCUGAGGGUCACCCUCACCCCUUCAGAGGGUCACCCUCCACCCCCUCACCCCGGCAAGACACCGCGUCAGCAGCGCCGGUGUCACUUCUACACAGGGUUCUUAGUGGGGAAGGGACCGUGCAUUAGCCCGGACAGAGGUGUGUGUCCAAAGAGUGUGUGUGUGUGUCUCUCCAUGUGACUCUUUAUCUCAGUUUGACAGCCCCGGGCCACUAGACUAGUGUUGGACAUGGUGGGGAAACAGGCUGGUCCACAACCUUGACAUUUUUAUUUGAGCACAUUGGAAUGUUAAUAACAUUGACAUUCUCUCUUUCUUACCUGGCCUGUAACCAAGCAGGGUUAAUUAUGAUGUCAUGAUGAUUAAUUAAAAAAGUAAUCUUAUGCAGCUGGCCGUGUCUGUUUCUGCAGAGUGUCGUUCUAAUUGGCCCAGAUUUGCCUCAGCCAAACCUUUUACCAUAAUACUCUGAAUAAUCUGAUUUAACGAUCCCCUGAAAACCCCCACUUCCUGGUUUCCAUGCCUCUGUCGUCAUAGCUGAAGCAGGGUUCUAUGAACAGAGUAAUGGUGCUAAACCUGCUGUCUCUAACCUGCAGCUGAAAUGUGCUUUCCCUUCUAGUAGGAGUUUUACGGCAGUUCCCCCUGGUUUAUGGCAGUUCCCCUGGUUUUGCCCACUUCAAUUUUUGUCCUUAGUUGUCUGGAUGAAGGAUCCAACUAUGGGCUUACACCACACACCAAAUAAGGAACCCUAAACAAGCUGUUAAGUUAAUAUUAGUCACCUUCUUUUUCUAGUUUUUUUGUAACAUUCAUUGUAAUUGUGUUUUAAUAACAAUCUCUGGAUUUCUGUUAUCCUUUUAUGUUUUAUUACCUAAUAAAGUUUUUAAAUUCCCUCA